GUUUUCUUUUCAGUUUUUUCCACGCGUUUGUUGCGCGCGGUUGUGUUGGUGUUGGAGCUACGAUGAGCGGCCACGACCUCUCUCCGAUCUAACCCUUGUGUUUAAAGUUUUCAUUGUUCAAGUGUUGUGAAGUGCAAUGGCACGUUUAACGGAAGAGAUGGUGAUCGCUAGAUCGAAGCAGUCGGAUCUUAGUGCAAUCAAAAAGCUAAAUUGUUGGGGUGCCGAGCUCGGAGACGUCAGCCUCCUGAGGAGGAUGCCCAACGUUGAGGUUCUGGCUCUGAGUAUCAACAAGAUCCGUUCUCUGGGUGACUUCGCUGGUUGCCGCCGCCUCCGGGAGCUGUACGUGAGGAAGAAUGAGAUACGGGACCUGGCUGAGAUCAGGCACCUGCGACACCUCCCGGACCUCACCAGCCUCUGGCUGGAUGAGAACCCCUGUACAUUACACCCCGAAUACCGCAUGACGGUGCUGAGGAACCUACCGAACCUUGAGAAACUGGAUAACGUGGUUGUACAGCCUGAUGAGGUCCAGGAGGCGAUGAGGCGCGGAGUCCACAUCCCGGACUCGGACGACGAAGGCUACCCUCAGACUCAGGAGUCGUACGGCCAAUACAGGAGACAGAGGUCCUGCGAGUCCAGUCCCGAGAGGGAGACGGAGUACUACCGGCAGCAGCAGAGCCAACCGCCACCCAGGCACCAGCACCCGCAGGCACACGCGCAGGGACAGAGACACGAACACUGGGCGCAGGGUAGCGACAGCUCGGCGGAGCCCGAGCCCGCCGUGGAGCCCGAGAGGUCGCCGCCCGCGCAGUGCCCGGCGUCGCCCGCGCGGCCCUCGCCAGACGACGACAGGCCGGAAACGCAUUACGAUGUCCGCGGGCCGAGAUCUCCUGACACCGCGUCACUACGACAUUCGAUGUCCGCUCACAGUGUUAAGGACUAUACUUACUCGUCCAACGGGGAGUGGAGACAGCACGGGGGAGGGACGACGGUCACCUCGCCCCACGACCAGGACAGAGACAGGAGCGAGUCGUAUUCUGUGAGGGAGUGGGAGCGGGACAGGGAGGCGUCCCGGGACGGACGGGACAGGGACAGGGAGUACCCGUCCGCGGUGAUGGCGGAACACAGGGGCUUCACCAGGAGACCGGUCGCCAGGAACUCCAACCUCCUGUCAGCGGUGCUGUGCCUCGUCAAGGAGCUGGACUACCCCAGCCUGGAGGUGGCCGAGAUGGCUGUCAGAUGUCGCAUGGACGAGCUCGCGAAUAGCCAGUGACGUCACGAGGACGAGGGAACGCCCUUGCAGUGAACGGACAGACCAAAGUUAUGUGAACCGGACUGACAAGAGAAAUGUACGGGGGUAGGGACCUCAGUAGAAUGGUCGUACAGCCCUCUAUACUGUGACGUACAAAUAACUAUUGAAUACUAUAUAUGCGAAUAUGAUCUUUAACACUAGGACAUAACGAUCGAAACGGCCUACGGAUGAUGUAACUACGAACAAAUCGGUAUACGGGUACUGUUCACUUCGUGUAGCGCUUGGAUGAAUUCGGCUUUAACUAUACUGUAAUAAGGUUCAUAUUGUCAGCGACGGCGGUCGGCGGCCGGUGGCCGGCCUGGGCGAAUGGUUGGCGCCGGACACGACACGUUAUAUCAUUAGUGCGCUGAACUAGAUUAAAGCAUGUCUCUUAAGAACGCUUCCGCUGUUGGCGCGCGGCUCCUGAGCGCCAGGUUGGCCGCAGUUGGCCGCAGUUGGCCGCAGUUGGCCCAAACGUUUGCCCAAAUUCGUAUCAUAAUUGUGAUAAAGUUAUUAGAAUGUUAUUAAUAAAAAAAUAAUUGGUUAUCUUGUUUAAUGAUUUUGCAAUAUAUAUAUAUAUAUGAUAUAUGAUGAUUUGUAUCGUAAUUAUCGUUUUUACUUGAUUUUUGAGAUUUUGCGAAUCUCUUGUAAAUUCUUAUGUUUUUACAAAAUUAUGUUAUAUUGUUUUUAUAUUGAAUAUAUAAUUUUAAUGAAAUCUGUUCGUGUAAUUUGUUUCUCGGUCUUUACGUGUACUGAUAGUACACUACGUGUCUAUGUAUAGCGUCCAGUAAAUUAAGUAGGUACACGCGAACUUACAAACAGACAUAUUAUAUUAUAAAACACAUAUUUCGGAUCAGGGCAUGCUAAUUAAAAAAAUAUUAAAUGAAUUAAUACUCUAAUAAUAUAUUUUAUGCACAGCGCCCUCUCGCGGAUGAUUCCGUCAACUGUAUCCAAUACUCAUCCCUGUGGUUUAGUCGCUGGCUGUGUUUGUGAGUUCGCUAUCGAUGCAAUUAUUAAAUGUAAUGUAAUAUAAUGAGGUGUAAUAAAAUUAACUUGCCACUA